UAGUACCAUAGUCUUACUUGUAAUGAAGCGUAUAAACAAAAAAACAUGACCAUAAUCCAACUCCUACGCUCUCAAGUAGUUCAUUCCCUCACUUUUCUCGAAGGGCCCAGCUGGCCCAGACGGAAAUUGCUUCUCUCACUAGCUCGCCUUUUGUUAUGUACAUAAACUGAUCCGUCGCUCGUUCAGAUUACCCUCGGAACAUUAUCAUGAUCUGCGUUGCCGAAACAAGUCCACCAUAUAAAGCAUAAAUGUCUCGAGUAAACCCAAAAUUCUCCCCAGCUUGUUCACCACUCUUUGCCGGUCAAGGAGUUGUAUCUUCAAGUUGCUUCUUCCCCAAUGUUCAAGACUUUCUAUAUUGCCGUCACUGUCGUUAGUCUCCUGACUGCGACUUACGCCAUCCCAGUCAAAGAGCGUGGAGUAGUGAGACGUUUUUUCCAUGAUAUGGUCGAGAAAGGGUUCGUCAGAGAGAUCAAUGACACUUACAAAUAUACACCAGACGAGAUGAAUGCGCUCUGCUCUCAACAAUUGUCGUUGUCGUCGAAGGACUAUGGUCACUAUCUCCAGGAACAUCUUCCCGUCAAAGUUGCGGAGAUGUCUGGCCUGGGGAAAUACAAGGGUUACGACAGAAGAAAUCUGAUCAUUAAAUCUUUCCCAUCCGAUAAAGACGUAUCUGCUCUGGGAGAGAUUCAAGCGCUCAGGUUGAUGGGUGAUCUGGUCGAUUUUGGCAAGGACUCGGAAGGAAAGCCUAUCAUUAUCAUGAAAAGGCAGGACGGCAGCCUCCUAGAGGAAUUGGAGGCAUAUAAGACAGCCAAUGAUGAGCAGAAAAGGAAGAUAAGAGAGGAAACAUUCAAGUUAGCUUGUUCUAAGGCUGCAUCCGAGGCCGUUCACAAGGGUGUUUGGCAUAAUGAUAACCAUUGGGGUAACAUCUUGAUCACAGACGUCGAGAGUGGAUCCGUGAAAUCCGUGAAGCUCAUUGACUACGGCGGCGAUUUCAAUAACUAUCUUGUUUACGGCGAAGGACGUGACUUGGAGCAUGAAUCAAGCUUUAACGGCUAUUGCCACCUGGUUUGGGACAGGAACUGACUUGACAAAUGGACUCUAACCUAUUCAAUCUAAUCCUUCGUGAGCAACGAACUUUUGUCGGGAUGAGUACUGUCGGUGGCAGUGGGCAACACACGCUUCUGUGUUGGCCCGCUUAGUCAUCCUUAAAUUUAAGCGCGCUCUGCCAAAAGUCUAAAAACAAUUUCCGGUUGAGAUAACUCUUGCUACAAUCAUUAGUUUCUUCGAAUUGAGUGUCAGAUGAGAUAAAAUAGUAUAUAUCUAGGGCGUCUUGGAACAGAUUUGCUUAAUUCAAAAAAUUGACACAAAUUGUAAUCAGUGCAGUAUAGCUUCAAUAACAAG